CUGUGUGGUGGAGGGCCUAUGCUGCUACAUUCUAAUGUUGGUCAUCAUGGUGGUACUCAGAGAGCUCAGUGUUUUCUCAGGUGGUACAGAGUAGAAAAAGUUGGAGAACCACUAGUCUAAACUGUGGACAGUUUGAUCAGAAACCUAAAAAGAACUUAAGAAUUAACCCUACAGCAGCACAUUCUUAAUGUACAAUUUAUAGAACUUGCUGCAUAGCUUUUAACAAUGUCACAGACACCCCAUUAGUGACUUCAUAUCAUCAGAUUUGUGUGGACGAUAAUACCACAUGCCUUUCAUUUAUAACUGCACCUCUGUUAAAUAUAUUGCUGACACACAGGCUGCCUUUCUCUGACCUCUGUUAACGUUUUCUCCGUUACAUUAUCUAUCAACCCACUCUUUGUUAUCAUACAAGCACAGUUGGAGCCUCCCACCACUUCACCGCUGAGGCAUUUGCUAUUAAUGCAAACAGUGCACGCUGCAGAGGAAAAGGCUGCUGCGUGUAGUAUUUUAGAUUAGGAUAUGGAUAUGUUUGUUUUUUAGCCUGAGAGAAAAACAGGUACGAUCACUAUGGAAAAUAGGAAAUAUCCAAGGGGCAAAAUACAUCAUCAUGGCUGGGUUGAUUGAUCUAACAAUGUUCGUCAUCAGACCAUGUGAUCAUAGCCUUGUGUCUACAAUACGAGACAAUCAGAGAUGCACAAACGACACAAUUGUUGAUUCGUUGAUUCCUAGGUAACUAAUAUAACGGGAGAAUGAUGCAGACAAAUAUAGAAACUAGACAACCAAUGGCUUAAAUGAAAAAGUAGCAUGCACCACUGCAUGUUGCACAACACUUGUAAUGUUCUUUUGAGAAUGUUGAGAGGAGAAGACCACAGCACAAAAUCGUCUGCAGACCACAGCACAACGUGCUGCAAACAGUUUUCUCCUUUGAAUGCUCAAACCAAACCGAGAUCUCUCUAACAGAGCGUGACAUGAUCAUUGUAAGCAAUGCUGCCAUCCUGUGGUAAACUGUAAGAUUACACAAUGUACAGCCAUCAAACGGAAAAGCCUCGCAGAAAAACAUACUCAGUCAGACACGCUGUAUUUGUAGGAAAUUAACGACUCAAAUCUUUGGUCCACUACCAACACCCUAAUACAGUGAUAUAGUUGAGUACAACCACAGCAGAAACAACAGCAAUAACAACAACACCAAUAAUAAUAAUAAUAAUAAUAACAACAACACCAAUAAUAAUAAUAAUACUAAAAAACAACUUUUGAAUGAAACGGAAAACCCUCCUCCAUUUUACAUCGUCAUUACCAGGACAUCCACCUCCAUCAUCAUCAUCAUCAUCAUCACCAAUAUCGUCACUGCUGGUCACGUGUGUGGUCAGGAGCAGGCGGUGGGCGUGUCCUAUCGCGUGUGGUUUCAUUCAUAACUUCUCUCUCCCUCCCUUUCUCCCUCUCUCUCUCCCUCUCUCUCUCCCGUCCCUCUUUUUUAUGUGGAGCUUAGAUUAAAGUAUGCAGACUGGGCAGGAUCUUCUGAGCUGGUCUACUGGCAGGUGAGUCUCACAUCAGGACCAGUGAUGGACAUGCAGACGUUCUGGUGUCCUUCGUGAGCUGCCGCUUUAUUAUGUAACACGCCGGAGAGGGGAUAGACAGACAGGUUACACACGGACAGCUCCAGUCCAGGGGACACGGUGGAGGAUCUCCCUCCGUCCCCACGACUAACGGCUGGUUAAUUCCUGACAGGCUGGGGACAGACGUCGCAGAGAUGUGGGGCAGCCCUGAUCGCUGGCUUCUUAGAGGAGAGGGCAACAUGAUGACGGUGAUGAUGCUGAGGCUGGAGAUGCUGAGGCUGAGGAGGAUGCUGAGGAUGUUGCUGAUGCUGAGCAGCGCCGGCUGCAGCCGCUCACUGUAGUCACAGAGCUGAGGGAAAAGCUGCCCCAACACCGCCUUCGUACACAGGUUCAACCACACUGACCAAGACCAUGAGCAAUGAUUUGCCUGUUCUGAAGAGUUUGAUUGAGAACUCCACUGAAGUGCCUGUGUCAGCGGAUCAGGUGGAGAACUAUGUGCUGUUGUUGGUGCUGCUGAGUGUGUUCGCCGGGGGGACGCUGGUUCUGCUCUCCUUGCUGCUCCUCUUCUGCCACCGCUGCUGUAUGGGAGGACGGCGCUACUCCAGAGCCAGUGAUGACCCUGAGAAAACAAAUACCACUUAUGCUGAGGAUUCACAGCCCACUCAAGAUAUCACCAUCCGUCUGGAUGAAUCAGACGCCCUCUCAGCUUCGAGCUGCCAUGAAGGAGAGCCGGAACGUUUCGUCUCCACCGGGUCAACUGGUCGCAGGGUCUCCUUCAACGAAUCUACGCUUUACGAACAGGAGAAGACCGCUCAGGACAAAGGACGCAGGUACACUCUGACUGAAGGAGACUUCCACCACCUGAAAAAGGCCAGACUGACCCACCUCCACCUGCCACCAGCCCCAUGUGACCUGAAGAUCCUCACCAUCAUGGAGUGCGACUCUGCAGACAGCAGCACGGUGAACAUCAGUGAGGCCGCAGCGCCAAAGCUGCCGCUGGCUAUUUACCAGCCUGCAGAGAGACGAGUCCCUGAGUGGCUGGGACAGGGCCUCAGUGGAGGUCUGCCAGGUGACCCUCACCACUCCAUCAUCUUGGACCAGGGACUACAUCAGACCUUGUCCACCAUGAAAGCACAGCACAUACGCUCACAGACAAUGGAGGCGAUUGGGGACAGAGGUGAGGCUGAGAAUGGAAGGACUGUGAAAGUAGACCUGAGUCAAGCAGCCAGCCAGACAUCAGUUCUCCAUUUCUUCUCUAAACUGCGGCGACACGCCAGUCUGGAAGGAGCAGGGCCUUACUUCAAAAGGUGGAAGUUCGACAGCAGUCACCGGGCGGCAAGUCUGGACGCCAAAGGUUCACCAAAGAGAAGACCCUUCCAGAGACAGAGAGCAGCAAGUGAAACUACAGAUCACACCGAGGAUGAGGCUCUAUCCCUUCAAGAUGAGGUCAUAGAAUCUCUACCAGAUACACCAAUCCAGAGCAGCGGCCUCCAGUCCCUGUCUGCAGAGUCUCUAUCUCAACACACAUCCGCAACCACAUCCUCAGUCUUCCUCAGCAGGCCAAACCUGGAGUCAAUGGUGGAGGUCCGUGAAGGCAGCGGCACCAAGAGAAAGGAACUCUGCCCUGCCCAGAGAGGAGAGAAGGCGACAACCAACGGAUUAGGAUUAGAAAACAAGACUGAACCUGGAUUAUUUGUGAAGCUCGGUAAAGCAGGAGCCACAGAAGAUGAUUUGUUUGGUGAACAAAGAGAAGUGCAGAGCCAGUUUGGAGACAAAUUAAUAAAAAGUAAAGACACAAAAAGAGAGGAGACGACUGGUGAAGAAAGGAAAAAGAAUGACGUGGACAUGGACGAUGGAGAAGAAGCAGCGUUAGGUGCUGGAGCCAGGCGAAGAGCGGACUCGGGCUCCUCGUUCUCCUUCGUGACUCGGCAGGAGAGCUUAGAGGCUCCUCCAUCCUUGUACAGAGACAUUUGGAGCUUAAGAGCUUCUCUGGAACAAUACGCCUCCUCCGACCAGAGCAGCACAGAUCGGGAAUCCAUCCGCAGUGAUGCCGACAGCGUCUCAUCUUACGGGUGUGCCGGGGCUCGUCCUGGUCUGGACAGUUGUUUGUCCCAAGAUCUGGAUGAUUAUCCAGAGGGAGAUGGAGAUGGAGAGAUGUUGGAUGGAGGAAUCAGGGGGGCGUCUGGGGGGGACAUCGACCUGGGCAGUGGAGCUGGAGGAGAAAAUGAGUCAGGAAACCGGAAGCUACUUCAAAUGGACAGUGGCUACGCCUCAAUAGAAGCACCGACCAGGGCCCCCGAAGAGAUGCGACUCUUUGGGACACCUGGAGCCCCAAGGGGGAAGACGGCAUCGGAGAGAAGGUUGUUCUUCACCAGCUCUGGAAGAAAAGGUUCGGUGUGUGAGAGCACUGAGGCCAAACUGUUCCAGGAGGAGCUAGAAGACGAGAUGGGAGACAGCACAGGGACAGAAGAGGAAGUCAAGAACAGAUCUCACAACGGCAGCCAAUCGCACGUCCUGAAAGAACCACACCAUCCUCUAAAGUCUUAUCACCACCACAAACCUCCAGACUCACAAUCACAGCUGGUCACUCCACUGAUGAAGUCCAUUUCACAGCCCUCUAGUCCUCACAGGCCCCGCCUCCGUCGCCGUGACUACAGCAUAGACGAGAAAACCGAUGCACUCUUCAACGAGUUCCUCCGUCACGAUCCGCGCUUCGACCAGCAGGACUCUCCGAUGCGCUCCAGGCACCGCUCCAGAGUUCACCUCCGAAAACAGUGGCAAAGGCAAAAGCAAUACAGUGACCCGGGGUCAAGCACAGGGGGCAGGUACUCCCCAUCCUUAGAAAGACAGAGGUUUACUCCUCUGAGGAGGGGUGACAGUGCUGGCUACCCUCUGGACACCAGGUAUCACAGCACUCUCUCACGCAUCGCAAGUGCUGCCGACGAAGAAGCGAGCGAGGUCGCCGACGGCGAGGAAUCGGCGAACGGGAGCACAGAGGUCAAAGAUCAAACGAAUGAGGUAGCUGCUGAGGACAAUGAAGAUGCAGCGGAGGAAACAUCUGAAGACACAGAUGGAGGGAUGAGCAGCACCAAUCACGGUGCUUCAUGUGGAGAAGGCAACUGCUGCCAAGUGUCUACAAACAAGGACGUCCAAAGCACAACUAGCCAGACUCUGACGGAACAAACAUGUGGCGUGGAUCCAAGAGGCGACAACAGAAACAACAACAGCAGUCAGGUGAUCUUAUCGGAGGCAUACGCCGCUCUUUCAGACAAGCUGGUCCAAUCUGUUGAAGAGAGGCUCUACGGUGGCCUGCGCAGUGCAGAAAAGCUCAGCCAGAGAGGGUCAGAGCAGGUGCUCACCGUGUCUCACACCGCCUCACCCGGCUUCAGCCCCACCUAACACCUGUCCAAGGACUCAACCAGAUAGGACACAGUCUGUACUAUAGACAAUGGACUUAGAGGUAAUCGUUUACAACGUCAUCAUUUUCUCGACUUUGGCUUUGACAACAUUACAGCCGUUACUCCAAAAAGAUGCUCUGACAUGGAUUGUACAGGACAGAUACUCUGUGGACGGCCAGUCGCUUCCAUUCAGACCUAAAAUUCCACUGUGAGAUGUGAAGCCCCUCAAUGUUUUUAUUAGCAACUACACAGACGAUCCACAUUUCACAAGAGACUCAGAUAUUUGAAAUCCAUCUUUAGAGAACGUGACUAUUUUUAGAUUCAACUGUGAGACUUCAGCAUGCUGACAUUUUUCCCAACCAUGUGUGUGUAUACUGUACAGUUGAACUUAACAAGAAGAGCACUUUGAUGUGAGGAACCAUAAUGAUCGACUUCCUGUCACUCAAUAAUGUCAUUUUCUUGAACUACUUCCUCCUCAAGUGUCCUUGUCUGUAUCCCCGUGAGGGUCCACGUGUACAUGACAGCAUCUGUGUCUGUAUUUACUGUUAGGACGGACAACAAUUAUGAAAAUGUAAGAGAAAAAACAGAUCCUUAGAUGGUGUGUGACUGAAGCACCAAACGAGUACAAAUAUCAUGGGAUACUCGGAAUAUAAAAACAACAUAGCAUUGA